GGGAACCAACAUGUUUCUUCGGUCAAACCGAAAGAAAAGACCCGUAAAACUAAGACCGUUUCUCGACAAGAAUUUGUCGACGUAACGGAAAAGCUAGCCGUAAUGGCAGAAGCUAUUGAAAAUAUUCAAACGGCCAUCCUCAGUCCACCUGCCGCAAAGCGGCCGCGCCUAGCGUCGGAGUCUGACUCUGAUAAUACAAGUGCCUCAAAGGCCAUAGAUGAACUGCUCAAAGAAUCAGUUCUCGAUUCAGAAAAUACAGGCCAGGACGACCAGCUGUUAAACAAUUUCGAACAGCUAUACACAGAGGAUGCCCCGACUGCUGCUGCAGUCAAUGAAAAAUUGGCUAAGGUCAUUGAUAAAAUGGUGCGUAACAAGCUACCAGAAGAUAAGGCUGCUGAAAAGCUUAAGGCCCUCCAACGACCAACCAAUGUAAAAAAUCUGGAAUGUACACGAGUCAAUCCAGAGGUCUGGAGCUCUUUGAAGCCGAAAACUCGGUCACAAGACAUAAAGCUGCAAAAAGUGCAGCAAGCACUCAUGAAAGGAGUGGUGCCUAUCGUGGGCGUAAUAAAUUCGCUCAUGACGCGGCUAAAUGGGUCAGCUGCAGGUACUGAUAAUCUAGAUGUUAAGGGUGAAAUCACCAAACUGCUUGACGCGAUAGCAGUGAUCGGGCAUGCCAACCACGAGCUCAAUAUGAGAAGACGUGAGUUAAUUAAGCCUGACUUAAACAAACAGUUUUCUGGCCUGUGUUCAUCACAUGUUCCAGUAACUGGGCUCCUGUUUGGGGACAAUUUACCGCAACAAUGUAAAGACAUCCAACAAACGAACAAAAUUGGACAGAAAGUUGGAUUCUCUACUGGAUCGCGGGGGACCGACAACAAGGGUUCCCUACACAGAGGGAACUUGGCUAGUGCCGGCAGAAGACGCGGUAGCUAUUUAAACUAUCAGCGUUACAGCAAGCACCAGGGAUCUCGGUGGAAUCACAAACCGCAGCCAUCAGCAGGAGCCAAAAAGUAGAUUUGCCAAGCAAAAAACUGGCAGACUCCAUCCGUGGCAAGAGCGGCUACAACUGAUGGCAUGCCAUUUGUCCGGGAAAACCUGCAACGUCAGGGAAUUUCACAAGACGCUGCCGACAUUAUCAUCGCCUCUUGGCGACCUGCAACCAAGAAAUCUUACAGAUCAGCGAUCCAAAAGUGGAUUUUAUUCUGUGCUCGGGGACAAAUUAAUCCCGUUCGAGCACCUGUAACAGUUGUUCUUGAUUGCCUAACUGAAGAAUUUCAUAAGGGUAACAGUUAUAGCUCAGUGAAUACCCUACGUAGUGCCAUAUCGGCAAUCGUAGCUCCGAUAGAUGUGAGUCCUAUUGGGUCACAUCCAUUGGUUAAAAGAUUCAUGACAGGUGUGUUUAAUUUGAGACCUGCUAUGCCAAGAUAUAAUUUUACUUGGGACGUAAAUAUUGUUUUCAAGUACCUAAAAGAAUUAGGUCCUGGAGAAAAGUUGCCUUUAAAAGGGCUUACAAUGAAACUUGUUAUGUUGAUUGCAUUGAUUUCAGGACAAAGGUGUCAAACAUUAUCUUUGCUUGAUUUAGAUCAGGUCAAUGUCACUCGAAGCAAUGUGACUUUUGUUGUUACUAAGUUAACAAAGACCAGUAGAGUUGGCAGUAAGCCAAUAAGUGUGGUGCUGUCAGAGUACCCGCACGAUGAACACCUAUGUGUUAUGAAAACACUUAGAGAGUAUCUGAUUAAAACUAGAACUUUCCGAGGACGCGAAAGGAGUUUGUUUUUGAGUUAUACUUCCCCUCACAAGCGUGUAGGGUCCGAGACAAUUUCUCGUUGGAUCAAGAUGACACUGCAAGAUGCAGGUAUUGACAUAGGUAGAUUCAAGGCUCAUAGUACUAGAUCGGCUGCAUGUAGUGCAGCUUUGCAAAGGGGAGUUCCCCUGGAUGUCAUAAUGACUACUGCCCAAUGGGCAAGGAGUAGUACUUUUGCUAAGUUUUAUAAUAAAACUAUUGUACCAGCAAGUCAGAAGUUUGCUGACGCUGUUUUGAGUUGUGAAGCAAAAUAGGCUUCGAAUGUUUGUUUUCUGAAUAAAUAUACAGAAACAUCAGAAAUGAA